CUAACCACUACGAUGCCGGAUCCCAAAGCUUCGUCUGGGCUCGUUGAGAGUCCAGAAAAUAUUCCUCCGCCGCAACUUGGCCCAGCAUCAACAGGAAACCUUAUUACGGACUCUUUCCGAAGUGCAUUUCACAUCGGCGAAGUACCUUGCGCACGGAACAGCUUACUGAGCGGUAUUGCGAGUGGUGUAGGCAUUGGAAUCAUCCGAGGGAUUUCCGUCAAUCCCGUCGUUGCGGGAAACUGGGCGAUGGGGACUUUUGCAUUGGUCUCAACAGUCUCUUGGAUGAUGUGCGUCAACAAAAUCGAGAAUGAGCAACAAGUGACGCGAAAAGCGAUCCAGGGACUGCCUAAACAGCUUGGACUCAAGAAGGAAGAGAGUUCUAAAGAAUGA